UAGUAGUCUUGGGGUGUUCUUCUUCAAGGCAGGUUUUAUUAUUGAGAAAAUGGCGAUAGGACUCAAAUCGUUAAGAACUACUAUAGCGGAUAUAUCGUGUAUUUUUGAUAAAGGAAAAGAGUAAAUUUCGAAUAUUUAUAAAGUGGAAAGUGAUUAAUAAAUGUUGUAAUUGUUUUUUGGACAAAUCUAAAAAUGGAAAGUCUCGUUAAUAAAGAUAACUUUGCGCAAGAGAAUCAAAAAAAUUCAGUAAACUUGGAAAUUGUCGAUGUGAAUACAUUGAUCGUAAAUGCAAACGCUACUUCUCCCAACAAUCAUGUUUCGGAACAGAAACAACCACAAAAGACAAAACGCAAACACCGGCGUGGCAAGCCAAAGCCAAAAAAUGCCAACAAGCCAUACAAAAAUUGGAAAUUUCAGGUACCGCGACCAAAUUUCAAUGGAUGUGGCGGUGGUAUGAACAACAGGAAUGGAGCACGUCCCAAAAUCCUGCGGUCACGAUCAUUGGUGCCAUACAAUACGAAUAAAUUUCUUAUGGAAGAGCAUUUGGCGGAAGUGCCUAGUUCGCUGCUAACACCCUCUGGCCGUACACGUGAUUCAAGUUUUUCUGUCGAUUCAGAAGAUAACUACUUCUUCUCAUUGCCAGAAGACGAGGAAGAAUUUCUAACAAAGGAGUUUGCGAAUGUCUAUGAAAAAGCUCGUGUUGAACGAUUGGAAAAUUUGACUAAACAACAACUUAUAGAGGAAUGUCUGCAAAUUGAGGAUCGAUACUCAUCAGACCAAGGACGACAACAACAAUUAAAUGCACAACGUAUUAGUUCAGAAUUUAUGUCGAAGAUACGGAUUUUGGAGGAAAAAGUACGAGAACUAUCACGUGAAAAUUAUAAUUUACGGUGUCAAUUAAUGCGCUCAGCUGCAAUGGCUGUUGCCGCUUCGCCUCCCUCUGCUGCACCACCCACGGGAGCUGCCUGUCAACCUACGCCCAUGGACUCUUCUAGUGUUGAUAGUGAAAGUGACAGUUCUAGCUCUUCCUCUUCUUCGUCUUCAUCUAAUAGAAGUGCAGGACUCCAACGUAAUAAUAACAUACGACAAAGACGAGUUAGACGUAGCUGUUCUUCACGUGGUUCCUUAAGUGAUUAUCGAGCUUCUAAUGAAAAUGAUCAAAUGGAAAGUGAUGAAGGAGAUAAUAUAGUGAAUGGUGCUAAUGUUAUUGACGCAAAUGCCGAAAAUAAGUAUCAACGAGCUUUGAUAAAUUUUAAUUGUGAAGGACCCCAAUCAAAUGCAAACGAUAGAAGCAUUGUUGUUGAUGCAGAAAUGGAGGAUGACUUCCCAUCAUUUUCACCUAUUUUAGACAGUGUAGAAACCGCACAAUCUUUGGAGAAUGUAGCAGUUCCUUUAGAAGUCCCUCAAUAUAACAAAAAUGUAGAAGCAACCGAAAGCGGCGAACAAAAUUGAACACAAUAUCGUGAAUAUAAGUAUUUGUAAAAUAUUUUUCACAUUGUUUACCGUACCAUUUUGCUAAAAAUCUAAAACAUGACAACUAUACGCAGUCAUUUUUUUGGUGUUAAUGAAGCUUUCAAACAUAAAGUGAACCAAAUUGUGUCUAACUUAAAAAUAUCUACAUUUAAUAAAUAGUGUUGAUCAUGUUAAUGAGGCUUAAAUAAUUGUUCUAAGAGAAUUUUACAUUACAUUUUAUUGUGCUAUUAAAUUUUGUGUAUACGAUUAUUAAAACCAUUUAAAUUUUGGCCGGAGACUUAAAUAUUAAUAUAUGUAAUAUGGAAAGCCUAAAACAUUUUAAUUAAAAGCUAACAAUUUCAUUUCGUUUCAAUUAUAAUUGAUUUUAUUGUACGUAUUGCUAUAAUACAAUUAUAAGGUAUUUUAGAUAAGUGGAACAAUUAUUCAAGGUCUCACAAAAAAACAAAAACAACAAAGUAUGAUUACUAUUUUUGACUUAUUUUUAUUUGGUUCUUUAUGUUAAAAAGCUCGCUGGUGUUAUAACAUAUUUUCAAUCACAUUUAUGCAUUUUUAGUUUUAGAAAGUGCAUUUAUUAUUUAAAUUACGAAUUUUCUUCGCCUCAUGUAUACAUACAUUUACAUAAACUAAAAUAAUGCUAAGAUGUGAACUUGCAUUGGUAAAUUUAUUAAUAUUUUGUAGACAUUAACGAAAAUAAAUUGUACACAACCCAAAAGCAAAAUUUGGAAACGUACAAACUUUUUGUACAAA